UAUUUUAUUUCUUGAUCGGAAAGACCCGCACGCACCUGAUUCAUUCCCUCUCGCACUCUUUGGUUUCAAAUUUCAAAAAAACGGCUUCCUCUCUCAUUUUCUGCGUGUUUCUCGGGAAAAUCUUUUCCUCUUGAUUGAAAAAGACCUCUAAGUUUCUCGGUCACUGAUUCGCCUAUCAAGAAAUCAAAUGAUAUGAGACGCCUGUUGAUGAAGCGGAACCUAAGUGUCUUUUGCAGAUCCGUGCUCAGAUUUAUCGAUACAUCGGCUUGUAGAUUCAUGGCUUGUUUCCUCGACUGCUUCCGCGCCAGAGACGACCGGUCUACUAGUAAUCUCGUCUCCCACUCUUCACUCGCCAGAUCCAAAAAAGGUCAGGACUCGCAGAAUCAUUUGUCCGCUUUGUUUCUGUCUGAAGAGAAAUCAGCUUCUUCUCCUUGCCUUGACAAAGAAAGAUUUGAUUUGGAUUCUAUACACAUUGACAAAGGCCUAAGGGAUGAGGCACGGUUUCUUAAAGCUUGUGGUACUAUACCGCAGACGCCUGUUGAAAUUAGGAAAGCAUCACACAAUCUAUCUAGCCCUCAACAUUCUGGAUCUUCCCAUUUUCAUUCAUGGAUUUCCAGUAGUUCUGCGCUAGGGUUUCAUUUGGAUGAAUCCCCAACCCCCAUGAAAGCUUGUGAAAAGGUGGGAAGACCAUCAUUUACUUCAGAGCAAACACCAAGCAGCUGCAUAAUCGAUGUCCGGGACACUGCAAGGAUCUCACCUGCUUCUUGUGAUGCUGAUGAAGUAGAGAGCAUUGGCACUGCUUUCAAGGGUGAGUUUGAUAGAUCUGACAAGCCAAUGCUCACAGCUGGAAAGACUAAGUCUGUGCGGUUUGAAUGCGAUCUUGAUCAAUCUCACUCUUCUAAUUCUUCCGAGAAUAGCAGUUCAAGAAAACCAGAGAUGGGUGGCAAAAUUAGUUUUACAGUGAGCUCGCCUAAUCCAACCCCAUUGAAGCUAUCUGAUGAGAUGCAAACUCCCGGAACCAUAUAUCCUGCAAACAUGGAAUCAGCAGGAAGGGGAAGGCCUAGAAUCAGGUCACAGUUUGUGCAUUCAGUUUCCAAUCUAAUGGAAAAUGCAUCCUUGUAUAAGGUCAACGGUGAAUUACAUGGGAGCCUAGAACAAGCUCAAUCGCAGGUUUACAAAGAGCAGAUAGAGGGCGAAACUCCCACUUCAGCAACUUAUGUGGAAAAGGUGGAAGAAAGCUCAGAUGAGAAAUUGUCCAAGUUUGAGGCAAGCUUUUCUCCUUGGCUAAAACCGAUUAACGAAGACUGUAACGAAAAGAUUGGGGUUUUAAAGGAUAGGACACCUGGAAUCAAUGCCAUGACUCCAGGUGAUAGGCCUAUUAUUGGAUUGGUUGCUGCUCACUGGAAUGAGAAUGCGCAAACUGAGAUUUCACCCAAAUGGUGGGAUGGGAAUGGGAUCCCAAAUUCCACUACCAAGUACAAGGAGGAUCAGAAAGUGAGUUGGCAUGCAACACCAUUCGAGGUGAGACUGGAGAAGGCACUUUCGGAAGAAGGUGGUCAGAGUUUAUUCCCUCGAAGGAAACUUGAAGUGAUGGAGGAGGAUGAAGAAGACUCAGAUAUAUCACAGCUGCAGCAUUCAGUGCAACAACCAAACUCGGUAGUUUCUUUCUGAAACUUGGCUUUCGUACAGAACAGUAUUACUUACAUAUGGCUAUCAUAUUCAUGACUCAUGAGCAAUGAAGAUCUCUUAUUUGCGGCUUUUAUUGAACUUUAUAAGAUUUUUAAGAGUAAUGUAUAAACAGUGAUCUUUAUGAACCUCUUGAGAAUUCU